GUCACGGUAUUGAAGCUCCAUUCCGCGAAAAAUAAGAGUCACCCUGGGCGGUCCCCUUUGUUGCCGUCCCUUCCUGCCCUCCCACCAUCCUCCCUCUCCCACCAUCUCCGAUGGACACGCACGAAUCAAAAUGAGUCAAGACUACUUCAACGGCAAGGGCAAGACGCCCGUGGCACGACCCGACGACGAUUCCUCCAAUUCCGAUGACGUCGCGAAUCAGUCCAGCAGCAACGCGAGGCCGCCCGCCUACAUGACUGUCGGCAGCGGGUCGACCUCCAAACACGCAGCACACCUGCAGCAGCUUCUCGAACGCGACUCUGGCUAUGGCUCUGCCGCCAGUGGUGCCGUUGGCAAUGCCCUCUUGCCCGGCUCUCCAGUCUGGGACUCGGCGACACACGCCGACACGCCCAACUCAGCCGGCUCCGACCGUCGCAUGCAGCCGAGUGCCAUCCACCAGCUCUGGUACAACCAGCACCGCGGCGCCCUCAACCGUGCCAUCAACAGGGUCAUCGACCUCCUCAAGGAGCUCCAGCAGGAGAAUGUCAAGUGGCCUGCCCACUACCCCUCCGUCCAGCGCGCCGAGUCCGACAAUCCACCCACGUCGCCCCCGAGGCCCAAAUACCAACAGACCUUUUCCCACCUAGACGAUUUCACCGCCACAUCCUCAUCUGCUUCGCCCCCACCUAUGCGGCGCGCCGCCACCUGGGGAGAGGACCCUGCCGCGGCCGAGUCGAGCCGGGCAGCCGAGAGGCGCCCCGCCGCAGAGCCCAGGCUCGUCACCCCCCAGAUCGCUCAGGAAUUCUCGGUGCUGAAGCUGGACCUGAAGCUGGGUGCUCUACAUCAGACACAAUUGGUGCACUCUCUGGAGAAGGGCUCAAUCGCCGCCCUCCUUGACGGCAAGAUCAGCAGCAGUAUCAAGCACCUGUUGAACCUGCGGGAGCGGAUCGAAGACACGGCCAGCAAGGUCUUGGUUACCGGUGAUCUGAAUGCUGGAAAAUCUACCUUCUGCAAUGCACUGCUGAGGAGGAAGGUCCUGCCGGAAGACCAGCAGCCCUGCACGAGCAUCUUCUGUGAGGUUCUGGAUGCGCGGGAGAACUCGGGCAUUGAGGAGGUGCAUGCCGUCCACAAGGAUGCCGCUUACGACCGAAAUGACGAAACAACAUAUGACGUUUACGCCCUGUACGAACUUGAAAAGAUUGUUAUCGACAACGACGCGUACAUGAUGUGCAAGGUCUACGUCAAGGACGUACGGUCCAUUGACGAAUCUUUGCUCAACAAUGGUGUCGUUGACAUCGCUCUUAUUGACGCCCCCGGUCUCAACUCGGACACGACCAAGACCACCGCCGUAUUUGCGAGACAGGAGGAGAUUGAUGUCGUGGUCUUUGUGGUCUCAGCCGCCAACCACUUUACCCAGUCAGCCAAGGAAUUCCUGUGGGCAGCGGCGGCAGAGAAGGCGUAUCUUUUCAUCGUCGUCAACGGCUUCGACAUGAUUAGAGACCAGCAGAGAUGCCAGAAGAUGAUUCUUGAUCAAGUUUCUGGCAUCAGCCCGAGGACCUCCAAGGAAGCAAAAGAACUCGUUCAUUUCGUGUCGAGUAACGCGAUCCCUGUGGCACCUUCGCCACCCGGUGGCCCUGACGGAGGCGGAAGCGGCAGUUCGAGCGGAGGCGGCGGGGGUGAUGACCCAAGUGGUGACCCCAAGGGCAAGGGCAAAGACAAGGAGAAGCUCCAGGACUUCCAAAACCUCGAGCAGUCGCUGCGGAGGUUCGUCCUGGAGAAGCGCGCACGUUCAAAGCUGGCGCCUGCCAAGCACUACCUGCUCAACAUCUUGAACGACGUGCACUCCCUGGCCAACGUCAACGCAGAGGUUGCCCAAUCCGAGCUGGAGCGAGUGGGCAAGGAGCUCCGAGAACUCGAGCCACAAUUGGAAGCCAGUAAGAAGGCCCAGAACAAGAUCACUGACGAUGUGAACCACACGAUAGACGAGACCUGCGACGACGUCUAUCAACACACACGCAGCAGUCUGAAUCUGGCGAUUGUGCAUGCCGAUGAGGAUCUCGACGUCCCUUACCCUGGGCUCUUCCAGGCGUUUGACUACGCCGAGAAUCUGAAGGAGGCGAUGUUGCACGGCAUCCAGGCCUGUGUCAACGACUGUGAGGAGUAUGCACGUGGCAAGGCUGUCGGUGGCGUCAACGCGAUUAAGCAGCUUGGAAUCCUGCAUUUGGGCAGCGAGUACACCGGGCUCAACUUCCACCCAGACGUCAUGUUCCGUCGCAGGCGUGACGUCUUGGCCAAGCAGAUCGACAUCCCGACUGAGCUUUGGGACUUUGUUGACUGGUCGACGCUGAUGCAGCGUCAAGAGAAGGUGGCUGGAACGGGCAUGGCUCUGACGGUGGCCACAGCAGUUGGCACACAGAUGAUCGGUGGUGCUGGCUGGAUGAACCACGCCCUGAGCGUGGCCCGGGUGAUGGGCAACGACAACCUGCGCAGGAUGAUCAUCCCUGGCGUGGUUGUUGCUGCAAUCGCGGCGGGCUACUACGUCCUCAGCCAAAUCCCCCACUCCCUCCCCCACCGCCUAUCCAACAAGAUCUCGGCCCAGCUGGAGGAGAUGGAGUACGCGCACCAAAACGCCCACCGCAUAUCGGGCUCCGUGCGCAAGGUGCUGCACACGCCCAAGGACCACGUCGUCUUCAACCUCCAGCGCUCGGUGGAGCAGCUCGGCAAGAAGCGCGAGGAGACGCUCAAGGUCAAGAAGGAGAGCAGCGACGCGCUCAAGUACUUCACCAACCUCACGCGGGACAGCGCGCAGCAGCGGUCCAUGGUCGAGGCCGUCGACCUGGACAACCACCCUGUCGGCGUGCAAUAAUUUUGAAACCCUUUCCGACAAGGAAGAAACAAACAGACGCAAAAUAGGAGGGGUGUUGGAAGGAAGGCUUGGGUGGACUGUUCUCUUUUCUCUUUCUUUUGAUGACGUUGCUAUGCAAAACAAAUACCCCCUACUCAGUCCCUUGCAGGCUAGCUUUCCCUUACUUAGAUAACACGAACAGCACAUCGAAAGGCGUUCUAGAGAAUGAAGCAUACGUGUCACGUGCCCCUGUUUCCUUCUCCCUCAUCUCCUGUGUGAUUGAUACUCGGUGCGCCGCGGUGUGAGGCAGUGAGAAGGCAGGCACGAGGUUAAUGCGUGAUGAACACCAAGACGAGGAGGGAGAGCAUGACUGCUGGGGAUUUACACGAUGAAUGAGAUCGAUGCGGAAAACAGACAGUCCCAUAGGAGCACACUUGAUGAAAUGAU